UGGAACAAUCGCCAUGCUGUGUCACAUGAAGAAAACUGUUGCGCUGGAACAAAGCUGGCUUGCGCAUUUGGGGACUCUUCCAGUCUUUACCAAAGCUAGGCUUGCGGAUUUGGGGACUUACCAAAGCUAGGCUGCGUUAAGACUGGAACAAGAUGAGAUGAGGGCUGCUGUCGAUUGACGCUUUGCUAUCAUGGAGGAACGGAUCAACAACUUGGCCUUGAGUAAAGAAGGUGCCGAAGCAAAUGCCGAGUUGUGGAAGGCCGAAGCUUUGCGUCCAGGAAAUAAGAGAGGGAGCAUCGCGAUCGAGACGCCGAUACCGCAGGCCAGAUCCCGCUUGAAGGGGACUCCUCAUCAGAUCACUGGUGUACCUGGACCGUCUACCGUACGGACCGAGAGCAGAAUCAAUCCUGAUUUGAAGGAGAUUGUUGAUCGUCAUAAUAUGGAAGUUAAUCUACUGAAAGAGAUGUGUCUUAAAGAUGUCAACGGAAGAAUCGAGGCUGAGAAGAAAGUUGAGAAGUUAAAGGCGGAGAUGUUGCGAUUAGCUAUGGGUCAACGGCAGAAGGGGACCAACCUCAAGUCACGAAUGGAUGAAGCCGCUGGGCUCUCCGAUAAUGACAGCAGCAGUGAGGAGUACUACAUUCCUGCUGCUCCUCUGCCCACGCAGCAGUUGUCAACGUCGCCAUCACGAGAGCUUGUGCGUAAUGCACACAGCACACCAGGCGGGUUCAGCUCACUUUUAUCUGAUGAACCUGCGCUUGUCGGGAGAGCAUACAAUGUCCGUGGAACUCCUCACCUUGCCCGUGAUGGAGUUGAGCGUGCACUAAGUAAUCUUGUUGCAUCAGGCAUGAAGCACAUCGAUUUGGAGCAGCCACCCAUCGAUAUGGAGGAGCCGCAGAGUGGACAGCAGGAGCCAGUUCCCAGCGACGAAGAAGACGAUUCACAGAAACGUGCAAGCUCAGAUGGGAAGGGUUCAGGUGGGAAGCGAUGUCAGCAAGCGUCCUGGGAUCGCAACCAAAUCACCGUGCUUGUCGAGGCAAAGCGCGAGAAGGCUGCUGUGAUUGCAGCUGGCGGACAUGACUUCAAUUCUCCGAAGUUGAUGUGGCCGCCUAUUGCCGAUGCAAUGAAACAAGCAACUGGGAGAGAAGUUAAGAAAUGGGAUUCAUGCAAGAAGAAGUGGCGUCAGUUGACAGGCAGCUAUAGAGAGAUCAGAGACUUCAUGUUAAAGUCGGGGGCGCCAAGCUGCUGGACCAUGUCAGCGGCAGAGAGGAAGCAUCCGAAGAUAGGUGAUGUUCCGUUUGAAGGAUGCUCUGCCUCCUAAUUUUGACAGGGAGCACUUUGAUA